AGUUAGAGGGAGCGCACCCAGCAGUGUCUGUCAAGAGCGCUUUAGUUUGUACAAUUAUGGACGGUUCCAGUAAAACAGUAAAAGAGGAUUCAAAACACGGUGAAGCUGCUGUUCACGGCCCCGGUGAAACGCGAGGCUCAUGGCUGAAGCGCGUGUCAGGCUGUAUCCCGCAGGUCUACCGCAAUGAGCUGGUACAACUUUUCAAACUAGCGGGACCAGUGGUCAUUUCCCAGUUGAUGGUCUUCAUGAUCAGUUUCGUCAGCACAGUGUUUUGUGGUCACUUGGGGAAAACAGAACUUGCAGGAGUAUCAUUAUCAAUUGCGGUGGUUAACGUCACCGGUAUUUCCAUUGGCACUGGUUUGUCGUUAACUUGCGAUACCCUCAUAUCUCAGACGUAUGGGAGCGGUAACAUGAAGCGUGUGGGUGUGAUUCUCCAGAGGGGGAUUCUUAUACUCCUGCUGGGCUGUUUCCCCUGCUGGGCCGUCCUCAUCAACACUGAACCUCUCCUACUUGCUGUCAAACAGAGCCCAGAGGUCGCCAGUAUGUCCCAGCUGUAUGUGAUGAUCUUCAUGCCUGCUCUGCCAGCUGCUUUUAUGUACCAGCUGCAAGGGAGGUAUCUUCAAAAUCAGGGAAUUAUAUGGCCUCAAGUAAUAACUGGAGCUAUUGGAAAUAUCUUCAAUGCAAUCAUCAACUACGUCUUUCUCUAUCAUCUGGAUUUGGGGGUCGCUGGGUCUGCAGCAGCCAAUGCCAUCUCACAGUAUAUGCUGGCUGUGAUCCUCUUCAUCUACAUCUGUGCAAGGGGCCUGCACAAGGCCACAUGGGGAGGUUGGUCACUGGACUGUCUGCAGGAGUGGGGACCCUUCGUCCAGCUUGCCAUCCCCAGCAUGCUCAUGCUCUGUCUGGAGUGGUGGAUGUUUGAGGUGGGAGGAUUCCUGGCUGGUGUAACCAGUGAGGUAGAGCUGGGAGCUCAGUCCAUAACAUACGAGCUGGCAGUGGUAGCCUACAUGUUCCCACUUGGAUUCUCUGCUGCUGCCAGUGUACGGGUCGGGAACGCUCUUGGUGCAGGAAACAUAGAGCAGGCCAAGUUGUCCUGCAAAGUUCCCAUCAUAUGUGCAUUCAUCAUUGCAUGUUUUGUUGGGGCGAUUCUCAGCAUCAGCAGAAAUGUAAUUGGAUACAUUUUCACCUCAGAGCAAGACAUUUUACAGAGGGUCGCUGACGUCAUGCUGAUAUUUGGCUUCAUGCAUCUUGCUGAUGCCGUUGCGGGAGUGACUGGAGGUGUUCUCAGAGGAGCAGGAAAACAGAUGAUUGGUGCUCUGUGUAAUUUGGUGGGAUAUUAUUUCAUUGGUUUCCCUAUUGGUGUGUCUCUAAUGUUCGCAGCAAACAUGGGCAUUGUAGGUCUUUGGACAGGACUUACCGUUUGUGUAUUACUGCAGUCCAUUUUCUUUGUGACAUUUGUACACAAACUUGAUUGGAAAAAGGCUGCUGAAGAGGCUCGUCGGAGAGCCGGAGUCCACGUCAAAGAUGAAAAAGAGACGGUCAGGAUGGAAAACAUAGACUCAAAUCACAACCAGCCCCAGGUCAGUGCUACUGCCUCCAGUUGUGAGAGUGCUGAGGAGGACCACACAUACGAGGAUGUGCAUAGUGCACAACAGAGUAAAACUGCUACUACAGUAGGAGAUGUUCUCUCAGUAACACAGCUGGUUUUGCGGCGAGGUCUGACAUUGCUGGUCAUGGUCGUCAUCCUUGUGGCUGGAAUCGUCAUCAAUCCCUUCCUCACCAGGCUGUUGAAAUGACUCCUCUGAUGGUUUAGUGACAUCAGUGAACCUAAAGGCUGUCAGGUUUGAUAGCAUAAAGCUCUGUUAAGCAAUAUUAUAUAUAACACUGAAUCACCUAGUAGUGUGAAAGGGUUACUGUGCUGUUGAUCCCACUGAGGAUCAACACCUCAGUCUGCAAUUUUGCACAGCUUUUAGCCCACAGCCCUCUCAUAUAACUGGGCAGCCACUCUAGGACAGCAAGCUGAAUUUAAAAGAGUCAAACAUCUUGCAAGCCAAAGAGACAGGUGUGUUUUGAGGACCAAACCAGGGGCUACGUGCACAUGAUUGACCUUGGAGUGUUGCACUGAUGAACAGGUAGCCAGACAGAGGGCUCUAAUGGGAUGCUCAUGUCAUUCUGUUCCUGUUGAAUGUUUGUGUAAUAUGAGGCAGGUGUUGAUAGUCUUUAUAUCAGUGCUUUUUUACUGUGAUUUUGUUUUGGAGUCAACUUGUAACCCCUAGAGGUUGAGAGCUGCUUAAUGCAACUUUAAUGAACAGUCUGUUCAGACCUGCAGUGUUUCCUUUUAAUGUUCAAACGUGCCUGAGCCAAGUGACAGUAAGGCGCUGUAUGUCUUCAUGUAUGAUGUAUGAAGGUGUGUCAUAGCUCAGCUCAGGUAGGAUGAGAACGAGAACUGUUUUGAUUUUAGAGGAACACUUUUAAGAUGUUUUUCAUUCUGUACUAUGGGUAAGUAACUGCAGAAAUGGAAAUAUUUCAUAAUGAGGCAUAUUCUUAUCAGUGUAAUUUUCUCAUUAUAAAUAAAUACAUGAUUGACAUG